AUGCCCGGUGAACCCCUCCCGCCUAACAAAUACAGUGGGCUUGAGGAGGACGCCUACAACACUUGUCUCUACCUAGAAAGACUCCUCGACUGGAGCGAAGAAAUAUCUGAUGAGGUUCGGACGAGCAAGAGAACACCACAGCUGUGUGGACGUCUCCUGGGAUACAUGAUGUUAGAGGCACCCACUCCGGAAGGUCGCCUCAAUGUGGCGAAGGAAAUCCAAACGUGUGCAUCAGCUUCCGAUACCCAGGACCGUUUGGCAGGCAUCACGCAGUUUUAUGACCACCACUUCAUUCGUUUCUUCAAAGCCGCGAAGGAUGCCACGCCUGCAGUAUCCACGCCUCCUUCCCGACCGUCAAUCGACAUGACUGCAGAGGAGAAGAAUCAGUUGCUUGAGGAGGCUCCUCAGGACCAUAGGGCUGCCAAAUUGCUAUGUCUCGUUCGCGAUAACUAUCGAUGCGUUGUCACAGGAAGAUACGAUGCUGCCACGGCAAUAAGCAGAUACCUGGAGGAUAAGACAUUCAUAGCUCCAGCGCCUAUCGUACCCACAGAGCUUGCACAUAUAAUCGCCGAAUCGACGAACGCAAAUAUCCAAGGGGGUGGCACAAAGCGAAGCUACGCCGCCUCCGCGUGGGCAGUUCUGGAUCGUUUUGGCAAGGUCAACGUAGUCGACAACGAAUUGAACGGACAAGGAAUCCAUCGCCUCCCAAAUGUGCUGACCAUGUCUGUGGAUGUUCAUAUAUACUUUGACACGCUUCAAAUAUGGUUCGAAGAAAUUGGCACGGAUCGCUAUCGGCUGUGCGCCCAUUGGGAUAGCGUUUUGACUGCGCUCGGUGUUGACCUCAAUAAUCCUGUGAUCCAGCUCACGACUACCAAUGCUAGUCUUCCUUUACCCGAUUCGCGUCUUCUUCGACUCCACGCGACAUGCGCCAAGGUGGCUCAUCUUUCUGGAGCGGGAGAGUAUAUAGAUGCGACCCUCAGAGACAUGGAAGAGUUGAAAGUAUUGGCCUCUGAUGGUGGCUCCGCUCACGUGUUGCUGGAUGCAUUACUUCACAGUGGCGGACAAGUCACCGUUCAUUAA